UUCUCCGCCUAUGUCUUGCUCCCUACGUCACUGCUGCAGGCGGUGCGCGCUCUGUGAUUGUCUUGCUCGCGCGCGAGGUUGGAGAGGGCCGGGGUGAAGAUGGCGGCGCCCGUGAUGAGAGUGUCUGUGCCGCGGUGGGAGAGUGGGGCCCGGUAUGCAGUGUGUGUCAUAGGGAUUGUGCUGUCCAUCUACGCUUUCCACGUGGAGAGGGAAAAGGAGAGGGACCCUGGCUACCAGGCCGUAUGCGAUUUCAAUGAGUGGGUUCGCUGCUCCAACGUUUUAUCGUCCAGAUGGGGUCGGGGAUUUGGAAUGUUGGGUUCCAUCUUUGGAAAAGACAGUUUAAUAAAUCAGCCAAACGGUCUCUUUGGACUAAUUUUUUAUUUACUACAGAUGCUUCUCGGUAUGACCGUGAGCGCUGUAGCAGCUCUAGUACUUAUGACAUCCUCCAUUCUGUCAGUAGUGGGGUCCGUAUACCUGGCAUACAUCCUGUACUUUGUGCUAAAGGACUUCUGUGUUAUCUGUGUCACCACUUACUUGCUGAACUGUAUUCUCCUUAUCAUCAACUACAAACGACUAGUUUACUUGAAUGAAGCCUGGAAAAGGCAACUGCAGGAUAAACAAGAAUAAGAUGCCUAUUGAACUGAAUAACUUCUGGAAGACACUGCUUCCUUAACAUUAUUUUGCAGUACAUUUUUAUUGGUUUGGGACAGUUUUCAGGACAAAGAACAAUCUUAAUUUUUUUUUUUUUUUUAAUUCUGUUCGACUGAGCGGGCCCUGGAUGUUUGUCUUUAUUUGCUACAGCACCUUUCACUUGAAUCGGACAGGUGCAGAAGUGAUGGUAAUUUAAAUUAACAAUUGACAAGCUUUAAUUGUUCUUACCAAUGUGCUCUUUUUGAAAGACACAUUACUGAUCUUGCCAACAUUUGCUGGCUAUUGCUCCCUCCUAUUUCAACCCUCCUUGUUAUGUAUGUUUGUGUGUCAAACCUUUAAUGGACCUAUUUUUGUGGGUGGGGGACUCUUCAUCCUGUGAAUCACUUAUAUUGUUGAAAUACUAAUCAGAACCCUGUUUUUCUGGUACUUCACUGGCUUCAUAGAAAACAAAGAUUGCAAACAAUAUAUAAUACAUUUCCACUCAAGGUAAGCCUUGCAUUGUCCUUUAUGGCCUGUAUUUGCUAACCAUGGCAAGCUAAGUAAAUUGGUGGUGGUGUUAAGAUGCUUGAAUAAUGAAAGCUAUCCUUAAAAUUAAAAUAGCCAUGACUUAGACUGCAGCAGGUCCUAACUACUCUCUUGCAUUUGGUCUUUUCAUAUUCAUUUAGUCCACUUUAGUUUUUCAGUAUUUUCAUCCUAUUAUGCAGCUAUCUUGCUGCCCCAAGUGCUCUACUUGCUUUUCCUGGUUUCAAACCAUUUUAAGUUCUGUUCUAACAAUUUUGGGCAUUGAUUGGAAAAAACAGGUUUGUGGUUUUAUCAAAAGCAAAUUUCUUGUUCCAUUUGUACAAAUGUGUAUACAUGUUUUUCUUUUUUAAA